AUGUAUUUAAUUUACUUAUCCCGGCCCCAGGUGGGUGUGAACAUCCUGGCGCAGUACGUCCUCCGGUAUCGCCACUACUAUUCUGAAGCCCUGUACGAUAGAACGGCGGACUUCGACAACAUUUCCUUCUUGGAGAGUCAGUCAGAUAACCAUUUGAGACAGGCGGGGCUUGAGAAAGAUCUCCCAGAUGAUCUCCAUGCAUCUUUCAAACCUCCGCAUGGAUGUGCAUGCCAAAGAAGCUAG